GUUGAGUUUCAUCUCGGUCCCAUUCGAGUCUUCAGUCGUUGGACAUCCUCCAUUCCUUACGUCCUUAUCUCUCCUUUCUUUUCUACUACAUUGAGAAAGUGUUUCUCCUUCUCUCGACAUCACCUCAAGAUUCCCACAAUGCCUCCCAAACGCAAGUCCUCCGGUCCUAGCGAAGUCCCGGCCAAAAAGGCUCGUACCUCAGCCGUCAGAAAGCCAGAACUCACACUCGAUUCCCUGUCCAAGCUCACUCGCGACGACCUCGAGAGUUUCUCCAAGGAAGCAUUGGUGAACUACGUCCUCGAAAUCCAGGCCAAGGAAUUAGCAGUGAAUGCUGCUGCCGCACAGGAAGAUGCAAGAAAGCUUCGGGCUCAGGUCGAUAAACUGGAAGACCUGAUGGCUAGUGGGAUUGAAAGCAGAUGAAGUGGCAGUAAGUUCUCUCUUCUGAUUGCUGUUUUGAUCUGUGAUUAGCUUCAUGAGCUGAUCAGUUAUGUCUUUAUAGACCCUCAUGCAAAACUGGAGGAAAGAGAUGAGAGUAUUCCGCCAUGGUCCCUUCCGAGGCGGUCUUCAUUGAGUUAUUCAAUCUCAAAGGACAAACAAAGGAAUGGAAGCUGAAGAGGAUCCCGGUCAAGGAUUUCGAAAGAAUUACAGGCUCCAUCACAGCUUCGGUAGGUCUGAGGGAGCUUGGCUAUGUGGUGUAUGGGGUUUGGACUAAUUGUCUAGCAGAUGCGAUAUGGAUACUUAAAGCUUGUUAAAUAGAAUGUUACCUUGAAGUGGGACCGGGAGGCUUUGAGCUUCAGUGUUGCGGGGUACUAUGGUGUGGAAAGAGAGGGUUGA